AGGCUUUGGCGCCCCGAUCUCGAUCGGCGCUGAUCGUAUCCUCGCCCUUUUGAUGAGAGUCGUCGGAAUCUUUCGUGAAGCUUUGACUGCAUCACUCUGCUCAUCUGGUGGCGGUCCCGAUAUUAUCCAAGCUGAGGCAUCCGCGACAAUCAUGACUCCCACCCUCCCUCCCCCCUAUCAGGCCGAUCCCCGCCAUUACUGGUGUUUACAUAAGGAGUCCGCUGAUGGUUGUAGAUGAUAGUGAUCGAAGACAGAUUGACUGGUUGAUUACGUACGUUGCCAUCUUCAACCGGCUUGGCGUGAGCAGUCGGCGGUGGUUGAUCUGACCACCGCACACAUCCAUCGGCAGUGCAUGACUUGACGGACCUCCCUCUACUUGACCACCUUGCCACAGCCAAGGUCUAUAUCCCGAUGAUAUGUCGAGCAGCCGAACCGGCGAUUGUAACCAUUGUUCCUGCCUGGUCAAGACCUUUGUGACUACUGUUCCCCAUCAAGACCAUUGCCACCAUUGUUCUUGAUUAUGCCCAUUGUGACCAUUGCCACCAUUGUCUUGAUUAUGCCCAUUGUGACCAUUGUGACCAUUGUUCUUGAUUAUGCCCAUUGUGACCAUUGCAACCAUUGCGACCAUUGCUCCCAAUCAUGACCAUUGCCACCAUUGUGUGUUCCCCAUCAAGACCGUCCAGUCCCCUUGCUAUUAUUUGCUUCCCAAUGGUUCAAAUUCAUGGACACAAACCAACCACCGUGUUCCACGGGUCACGUGGCGGAUGACGACCAGUUGGCGCCACGCACUUCACGCUCUCCCCUGGCAAAAGGCCGAGUGGCAGGAUCAUGGCGACAGCAGUGGCGUGGUUUGAAGCCGCAACGGGAGAAAGCGACCUGCCAGAUGCCUCCCUUGCCGUCGAUGGUGGCUGCCGCUGCGUCUGCGCCAUGCUCGGCUCCGACGCCUGCUGGGCAUGCACCGGUCGGGCUGGGCCUGCUAGCCUGACUGCAGACUCGCGCCGGGCCGGGGCCGCCGGCCAGACCGCGCUGCGCCAGGCUGGAAAGGCCAUUUCCCGCCACGAUGUGGCUCGUCUCGCGGCGCUGCUGGUCAUGGUGCCGACAACCGGGCCCGAGGCUGCGGCAGCCGCCGGCGCGUUGCUCGGCGCCUGCGUCGAGGCCCACGCCCCGCGGUGUGCCGCUGUGGUUCUAGGCGCACUCGGUGGCGCGCUGGAGGCCCACACACAGGAGAGGGUCUGGCCGCUGCAUCGCGCCGCGGCGGCCGGCGAUGGCUGGAUAGUGGCGGUCAUGGCGCUGUUCGGACUCUCGGUCCACGGCGCGCCCGCGGGCGCCCGCGGCGCGCCGCCGGUCUGUCCGCUCCACGCCGCUGCCGCGCACCCGUGCGGCGCAGCCGCUGUCGCAGUUCUUCUCGCUGCCGGGGCUGAUCCACACGGCCGGGUGCCCCGCACUGACGGCGGUUUUGACGACUCGCCGCGGAUCGGGCGCCACGGCUCAACGCCGCUGCUCGCCGCAUGCCAGCGCGGGGAGCUGCGGUCUAUCGAGCUGCUAUUGGAUGCUGGCGUAGCACCGGAUCUUGUUUAUCCCAGCUUUGCCGGCCUCCGGAACGCCACUGGAGUGUAUGUGGCGGCGGCUGCCGGUCGGGUUCAUGCGCUGCGGCUGCUGCUGGCCGCCGGUGCCACCCUGCACGCCACCCACGGGAUGACGGCCAUGGACGCCGCUGCCCGAUUCGGCGACACCGGCAUGCUCGAGCUUAUUCUACUCACACUCGAGGAGCGCCAGUUUGAGACCGGCCCGGUUGUCCCGCUCAAGGUCUUUCGCUCGAUCCGACGUAUCGCGUCAGACUCGCGACACGCCGGUGCGCGCGCCACUCUCGACUACUUGCGGCAUCCAGGCACCGGCCCGCUCCACCGGGCUCUGCACGAGUUCCCACGGGCGCGGAGUGCUCUCGCGGUCGUCACCCGUGAUGUGGCCGCGCUGGGCGCACUGUGCUCGGCGCCUCUAUGUGCGCUGCAGGCCGCCACCGGCCUCAGCGCCGACGUCUGGAUCGCAUACAUUCUGCCGCAUCUGGCAUCACCGGCAGACGCCGCAUUUGGCUUUGUGGCUCCGCUCUCGCGCCGCUGCACCGCCCGCCCACGUAUGUCUGACAUCGAGCUCGCCCUCGCCGCCCUCUCGACCCGCACCGGCCAGCUGCAGCUGUGGACGCCGCCGCCGUGGUUGCGCGCGGCGUCCAAGACCAAGCGGGCAUCGGCGCUCUCCUUCCGCCUGCUCUUUGUCGCCAAGGCCGUCUUUCACCUCAUCGGAUGCGAUCCCGCGACUCUGCCGUGGUAUCUCCGCACCACCGCGCCGGUCCAGCUCUGCCCCGACGCGCCCGCCUCUUUGACAACCAUGGCCGAGCUCCCCCCGCUGCAGAAGGAUGCAGCAACAGGCGAAGAGUACUAUGCGCUCUCGGCCAACAGACGGGUGUACCUGUCCAAGUUCAACGGCAAGUCACUGCUCCACAUCCGCGAGUACUACACCGAUGCAGGCGGCGAGCUCAAGCCUUCGCGCAAGGGCGUCGCUCUCUCGGAGGAGCAGUUCCUGGCCCUCCUCGCCGCUGCCAACGACAUCGACGCCGCGCUCGACGCGUUGUAG